AUGCAAGCACACAAUGCACAGCAGCAGAUUGACGCGGCAGUGCCGCCGUCUCCUUCUCUUUCUGUUGGAUUUUGGGAUGCCUUUGCAGCGGGGUGUAUGUGGCCUGAGCCGGUCUUAGUCGCUCUUUCCUUUUCUCCCCUCGGCAGCGAUCAUAUAUUGGUCUUAGCGACAGACGGCAGCGCCCCAGCAAACAGCACAAAAGAUAUAUCUGAGACGAAGAACCAGACAGAGACCACCCAGCAACAGCAGCAGCAACAGCAGCAACAGCAGCAACAGCAGCAACAGCAGCAAGAACAGCAGCAACAGCAGCAGCAAGAACAGCAGCAACAGCAGCAGCAACAGAAACAACAACAGCAGCAGCAGCAGCAACAGCAACAGCAACAGCAGCAGCAGCAGCAGCAGCAGCAGCAGCAGCAGCACGAAGAUAAUGGAGCUUCUUUUCAGUAUGGGCGGCUGCUGAUGAAGAGGACGACACUGCCCUGCAGCCCUGAGUUUUUAAUAAACAAAUAUUUUGCUCUCACCGUCUACUCCAAGUGUAUGCUCAGGUAA